CCCCUGAAGUGUUGAAGAAAAUGUUUCUCAUGUUUGUUUAUCUCAGUUUGUGCUUCUGCGGUCUGGCUGGUGUGUUUGGUGAUGAAGUGAAGUUAGUGUCAGUGAUGGAGGGAGAUUCUGUUACUCUACACACUCAUAUUAAACUACAGAGAGAUGAUCUGGUAGUUUGGAGGUUUGGACCUGAAAAUUCUCUCAUAGCAAGAAUCAAUGAAGUGGCCAAAGAUAUCUUAGUAUAUGCUGAUGUUCUUGCUGGGAGAUUCAGAGACAGACUGCAGGUGAAUAAUCAGACUGGAGAUCUCACCAUCACAAACAUCACAACUCAACACACUGGACUUUAUAAUAUGAUCAUCAGUGGCAAGCAGAUCUCAUACAGAUUCAGUGUUACUGUCUAUGGUGUGUUUGGUGUUGAAGUGAAGUCAGUGUCAGUGAUGGAUGGAGAUUCUGUUACUUUAUACACUGAUAUUACUGAACUACAGAGUAGAGAUCUGAUACUGUGGAUGUUUGGACCUGAAAAUUCUCUCAUAGCAAAAAUCAAUGGAGUGGCCAAAGAUAUCUCAGUAUCUGAUGAUGUUCUUGAUGGGAGAUUCAGAGACAGACUGCAGGUGAAUGAUCAGACUGGAGAUCUCACCAUCACGGACAUCACAACUCGACACAAUGGACUUUAUCAUAUGAUCAUCGGCGGCAAACAGAAGAUCUCAAACAGAUUUAACGUUACUGUUUAUGGUGUGUUUGGUGAUAAAGUGAAGUCAGUAUCAGUGAUGGAGGGAUACUCUGUUACUCUACAAAGUAAUAUUACUGAAAUACAGAGAGAUGAUAUGAUACUGUGGAGAUUUGGACCUGAAAAUUCUCUCAUAGCAAGAAUCAAUGGAGUGGCCAAAGAUAUCUCAGUAUAUGCUGAUGUUCUUGAUGGGAGAUUCAGAGACAGACUGCAGGUGAAUAAUCAGACUGGAGAUCUCACCAUCACAAACAUCACAACUCAACACACUGGACUUUAUAAUAGAACCAUCAGUGGCAAACAGAAAAUCUCAUACAGAGUCAAUGUUAUUAUCUAUGAUGAAGUGAAGUCAGUGUUAGUAAAGCAAAGAGAUUCUGUUACUCUACACACUCAUCUUACUGAAAUACAGAAAGAUGAUGUGAUAGUGUGGAGGUUUGGACUUCAAAAGUCUCUUAUAGCAAAAAUCAACGGCGCCACCAGUGAGACCUUAAUAAAUGAUGAUGUUCUUGAUGGGAGAUUCAGAGACAGACUGAUGGUGAAUGAUCAGACUGGAGAUCUCACCAUCACGGACACCAAAACCAAAGACUCUGGACUUUAUGAAAUGAUCAUCAACAGCGCUAAAGAGAGCUCAUACAGAUUCGAUGUUACUGUCUAUGAUUUUUUGCCACUUCCUGUGAUCACCAGAGACUCUUCACAGUGUUCUUCAUCAUCAUCAAGCUCAAAUUGUGUUUUGUUGUGUUCAGUGUUGAAUGUGAGAGAUGUGAGUCUGUCCUGGUACAAAGGAAACAGUUUAUUGUCUAGCAUCACUGUGACUUAUCUCAACAUCAGACUCUCUCUACCUCUGGAGGUUGAAUAUCAGGAUACAAACACAUACAGAUGUGUGGUGAACAAUGCCAUCACAAACCAAACUCAACAUCUCAACAUCACUCAUCUCUGUCAGCCGUGUUCAGGCUGUGUUUGCUGUUGUCAUGAUUUUGAAGCUGUGAUCCGAUUGGUCCUCUCUGCUCUGGUGGGCGUGGCUGCUGUUGCCAUUUUGGUUUAUGACAUCAGAUCGAGCAGAGUUGAACAGAAGAAAAGAUCGCAGACAUCAUCAGACUAUUAAUGAUUAAACAUAUAUUAUAGUUAAAUGAAACCAAUAUGUUUACUAACUUUUUUAUUGUUUCUGCUCUGUAUAUAAAGCACUCAGAAGAUAUUAUUACUUUAAAUAUUAGGGUAGCCGAUUUAAAAAUAUGAAAAUUCUGCCAUCAUCUACUCACCAUCUUGAUGUUUUAAACCUGUAGUUUUUUAAUCUGUUGAACACAUGCUAAAUGUACAUAAGUGCUAAGAAUUAUCGGAAAAGCAACUCAGAUAAUUCGGUUUUUAUAGCUGAGUAAAAAUACAUUUGUGUUUUUUUUUCAUUUAUUGCAUUAGUUCAUUUAUCAUUAUAUAUUUACCUUAUCUUAAAAAAAAUUGUAUAAUUUUAGCAUUUUAUCAUUCACUUUUAUUCUUUUUAAAAUGUUUUAUAUUAUAUUGAUAAAA